AUGAGUUCUCCGACGCGAGGUACAUCCGCCACUGUAUCAAGAACUGGUUUUGACCGUCGCGACGGCGUCGCCGCAGGAGACAUCCUUCAUGGUUUUGUCGAUCCCUUUGCUCGUCAACGAGAGCAGGCGGUGGUCGGUCAAUCUCGACGCGUCGUCGACGAGUUAGUGCAUGAGGUGCAUGAUCUUCGUGACCGCGUGGCGCGUCUUGAAAAACAAGUGGGUCUUACCUUAAGGGUCCCUCGACUUGUGGAAGCACCAACUCCUUCAGCACAAGCGCCUCGUGAUCCACCGCGACGGAUCAAGAAAAGUCGCUAA